AUGGACGACAAGUCAAAGUCUACAAAAGCGGGGAAAGAGAGAAACACUGGAAGUAGGGGAACGUUACGUGAUGACACUGAUCUCCAUUUAACGAAAGAAGUCUCGAACAAAAAUUUAAAUUUAGGAUUUUCUAACGCACAGUCGUUUACAAAGACUUCUACUAAAAACCCUCAACAAAUCGCGGUUAUUUCAACUGCCGACAGUGUACGAAACCCACUAUCUCAAGCUCUCCCUUAUUCUACACCUCCAACUCACACGUCACACCGCAGUCCAUCGCCACGCCGUUGCAUUCUUUACUUAGAGCCUGUCCGCUCGUCCGAAUUCUACCAGACAAUCAAGUCCUUCUAUGAUGCAAGUAUUGCACUGAAUAUUGAGAAUGAAGCACAGCAGUAUCAACCACAUAUUUCUAUGACGGGAUUUUUUGUUUGCGGAAAUUAUGACAAUAACAGAAGCGAUGACGACGGCGGGGGCGGAUUCAUAAGAGACAGAACGGAAGCUGAGAAUGUAUUGAGCAGCGAUGAAGGAAGGAAAGGGGGGGAAGUUGAAUGCAAUAAAAACUUGAAUAAUGAAUCGAAAUCAAUAAGUAGACCGAUAAAUAUAUUAAAUCCCAACAAAUUUGCUCCAUCAUACUCCUCUCACUCUCCGACUCGACAACUUUCCUCUUCCCCAACCAAUCGAUUUCCGCUUUCGCCUCGCUCCCCCGUUUCUAUCUAUUCCACAGCCGUAAACUUCCCAUCAUCUGUAAUAAUCUUAAAAGACAUAAUAUCCAAUUUCAUAGCUGCCAAUUCGGCUCUCUUCACGUCACCGGAGAUACACAAUUUUGUUAGAUCUGAAAAGUCUGUUAUGAUUGGUUUGAAAGUCGAUGAAGUGUAUCACAGACUGGUAGAUGAAGUUGUAAAGACAGGGAAAGAGAUUGGAUGUGAGAUUAGGAAGAAAGGAAUUGAUCAUAUCUCGUUGGCAUAUUAUCGUGAGAAAAUUCUGGAGAAAAGUAGUAGGGAUAAGCCAAUCGGUGCUAAUCCUAAUGAUACUAUAUCAAAUCGAACUUUUGUUGACGAAAAAAAUGAGACGGAAGAGAGAAAAGGAGUUUUGGAGGUCGUUAGCACGGAGAAGAACAAGGGUGAUGUAACAUAUUCAGCAAGAACAAUAAAUGCAAUAGAUUCAUCAAAUUCCUCAAUACAACCUCUUCACGUAUCACUACCACCGCGAAGAAUAACACACAGACGAGUAGGAUCUCUUACAGGUUCUCCCUUUGCGUCUCCGUCCUCCUCCCCCACUGAACCCUCGCUUUCUCAAACUGCUCAAGAACACACUUCAUCACUCUCGCAGUCCCCUAGUAAACAGGAGCCAGUUUUAACCGAUUCUGAACUAUCCCCUUUAACACCUCUACUUCUUGAUCAUUUAGAAGAGUAUGCAAUGGAGACAAUUGCAAUCAAUGAAGUGCGAGAGGGAAAAUGUAAGUGGGAUGUUGUAUUAUAUGAGAGUUUACGCAUGGCAGAGAGAACCGAUGAGAGGCAUGGAUGGAGAGAAAUUCAGAGAUGGAAUGUGGUUUGA